ACUUGUAAUAUAAUAAGCUGUCGCUUGAGAUCUGAUCUGGAAAACUGAAACAUAUGUGUUGAUCUUGAUCAAGAGAAGAUCAAGACCAAUGGAUAGUGAGCUGAGCAACUUUGUGAAGAUAUGGAUGACUGCCAUUUUAUGUAUAUGUUAUUGUUACUACAUUUCCGCAAGAUUUCCCAAAGGGAUCCUGAGAUUACUCACCAUCCUCCCCCUCAUCUAUCUCUUCAACAUCCUCCCCUUCAGCCUCUCCUCCAUGCAUCUUGCUGGCCCUACUGUCUUCUACCUUGUCUGGCUCUCCAACUUCAAGCUCAUCCUCUUCGCUUUCGACGAUGGCCCUUUAGCCACCUCCCCACCUCUGUCACUCCUUCAUUUCACUUGUCUUGCUCUUCUUCCCAUCAAAUCCUCAACAACUUCUUCUUCUACUUUCACUUCACAACUAAACAAGUCAACUCUUGUUGCUACAAAAGUGCUCCUCUUGGUUCUCAUCAUAUAUGCUUAUGACCUGGAUUUACAUCCCUAUGCGAGAUUGUGUCUGUAUUGUUGUCAUGUGUAUCUAGGGGUUGAGCUGGUUCUGGCCAUGACUGGCUUUCCUGUGAGAGCCAUCCUGGGACUUGAGAUAGAGCCACAGUUUAAUGAGCCUUAUUUGGCUACUUCACUCCAAGAUUUCUGGGGUCGCAGGUGGAACCUCAUGGUCACCAGUAUUCUGCGUCCUACGAUCUACAACCCUGUCUUGGCUUUCUCGUCGAGAUGCGGGUUGGGGCCGAUGUGGGUUCGGGGACCCUCUACUUUCGCCACAUUCUUGGUAUCGGGAUUGAUGCAUGAGUGGAUAUUUUAUUAUCUGACACGCGUCGCUCCCACGUGGGAGGUUACGUGGUUUUUCGUGAUUCAUGGGGUUUGUACUGCGGCAGAGGUGGUUGUUAAGAAGGCUGCCGGUGACAGAUACAGACUGCCUAGGCCGGUUUCUACAGUAAUGACAGUCGGGUUCGUGGCGGUCACGGGAGUGUGGUGGUUUUUCCCGCAGAUACUAAGAAAUGGAGUUGAGCAGAAAGCUAUAGGUGAAUAUGCAAUAUUGGCCAAGUUUGUGAGAGAUAAGUUCAUGUUCUUCAUUUGCAUGUGUGGACUCGGAUGCUGAAAUUUAUCAAGUAGAAACCACCUAGAAUGUAUGCUAUUCUUUGAUUAUUUCAUACAGGGAAUUAGUAAACAACGGAAUAUCAUAUUCUUCA